GGGUAACUUAUGUAAAUGUGGAUACCCUGAAAAUCAGCACAUAGAAGGCACUCAGAUUAAUACCAAUGAAAAAUGGAACUACAAGAAGCACACUAAGGAGCUUCCUACUGAUGCCUUUGGGGACAUUCAGUUUGAAAACAUGGGAAAAAGAGGAAAGUACAUCCGCUUGUCAUGCGACACAGACUCUGAAACACUCUAUGAUCUCAUGACCCAGCACUGGCACCUGAAGACCCCAAACCUUGUCAUCUCUGUCACUGGGGGUGCAAAGAACUUUGCCCUCAAGCCCCGGAUGCGCAAGAUAUUCAGCAGGCUGAUCUACAUUGCCCAGUCCAAAGGGGCCUGGAUUUUCACAGGAGGCACGCAUUACGGGCUGAUGAAGUACAUUGGGGAAGUGGUCAGAGACAACACCAUCAGUCGGAGCUCAGAGGAGAACGUGGUGGCUAUUGGCAUAGCAGGCUGGGGCAUGAUUUCCAACCGGGAAAGUCUGAUCCGCAGUGGUGAUACUGAUGGGUACUACUUGGCACACUACAUAAUGGAUGAUCUCAAGAGAGACCCUCUCUAUUGCCUGGAUAAUAAUCACACCCACCUCUUACUGGUUGAUAACGGCACCCAUGGACACCCGGCGAUAGAGGCCAAAGUACGAACUCAGUUGGAGAAGUACAUUUCAGAGCGGGUUAUCCCAGAAUCUAAUUAUGGUGGGAAGAUCCCAAUCGUGUGUUUUGCCCAAGGUGGGGGGAAAGAGACUUUGAAAUCUAUCAACGUGGCCAUCAAGAGUAAGAUUCCCUGCGUUGUGGUGGAAGGCUCUGGUCGGAUUGCUGAUGUUAUUGCUAGCUUGAUGGAGGCAGAAGGCACUCUUGCUUCUUCAUGUGUCAAGGAGAGCUUGCUCAGGUACCUGCCUCACACCAUUUCAAGGCUCUCAGAAGAGGAGACUGAAAGCUGGAUCAAAUGGAUCAAAGAAGUCCUUGAGAACCCUCAUUUAUUGACAGUUAUCAAAAUAGAAGAGGCUGGAGAUGAAAUUGUGAGCAAUGCCAUUUCUUUUGCUCUCUACAAAGCUUUCAGCACCAAUGAACAUGACAGGGAUAACUGGAACGGGCAGCUGAAGCUGCUGCUGGAGUGGAACCAGCUGGACCUGGCCAGUGAUGAGAUCUUCACUAAUGACCGAAACUGGGAGUCUGCUGACCUACAGGAUGUCAUGUUCACAGCCUUAGUGAAAGACAGGCCCAAAUUUGUCCGACUCUUCCUGGAAAAUGGCUUGAAUCUGAGGAAGUUCCUAACCACAGAGGUCCUUCGAGAGCUGUACACCAACAACUUCAGCAGCCUGGUGUUCAAGAACCUGCAGAUCGCAAAGAACUCCUAUAACGAUGCGCUCCUCACGUUCGUGUGGAAGAUGGUUGAAGACUUCCGUAGAGGUCUCAAAAGAGAUGACAAAAAUAGCAAGGAUGAGAUGGAGAUACAGCUUCCAGAUGAAUGUCCUAUCACAAGGCACCCAUUGCAAGCUCUGUUUAUUUGGUCAGUUCUUCAGAACAAGAAAGAGUUGUCUAAAGUCAUUUGGGAGCAAACCAGAGGCUGCACUUUGGCAGCCCUUGGGGCCAGUAAGCUCCUCAAAAGCAUGGCAAAGGUGAAGAAUGAUAUAAAUGCUGCUGGGGAGUCUGAGGAACUUGCUAAUGAGUAUGAGACAAGAGCAGUAGAAUUGUUCACUGAGUGCUACAGCAAUGACGAAGAUCUGGCUGAGCAGCUGAUGACUUACUCCUGUGAAGCCUGGGGAGGAAGCAAUUGUCUGGAACUAGCAGUGGAAGCUAGAGACCAGCAGUUCAUCGCACAGCCAGGAGUGCAGAAUUUCCUUUCCAAGCAGUGGUAUGGAGAGAUUUCAAGAGAUACUAAUAACUGGAAGAUCAUGCUAUGUCUGUUCUUUUUCCCUUUAAUAGGCUGUGGCUUCAUCUCCUUCAGGAAAAAGCCUGUGGAGAAGAGUAAGAAACUCUUCCUGUAUUACGUGUCUUUCUUCACCUCCCCCUUUGUGGUCUUCUCCUGGAAUGUCAUCUUCUACAUCGCCUUCCUGUUACUCUUUGCCUACGUGUUGCUUAUGGACUUCCAGAAGGAACCUACUGUCCUGGAGAUCAUCCUUUAUGUCCUGGUCUUCAUUCUGCUUUGUGAUGAAGUGAGACAAUGGUACAUGAAUGGCAGUAAGUAUUUCUCAGAUCUGUGGAAUGUUAUGGAUACACUAUCAAUCUUCUACUUCAUCGCAGGGAUUGUGUUCAGGCUUCACUCCGAUGAAAGCUCUUGGUAUUCUGGGAGAGUCAUUUUCUGUUUGGACUACAUAGUUUUUACUCUGAGGCUGGUCCAUAUUUUCACAGUUAGCAGGAAUCUAGGACCCAAAAUCAUUAUGCUGCAGAGGAUGAUGAUAGACGUCUUCUUCUUCCUCUUCCUCUUUGCUGUGUGGAUGGUAGCCUUUGGGGUGGCCAGACAAGGGAUCCUGAGGAAGAACGAGCACCGCUGGGAGUGGAUAUUUCGAUCUGUCAUCUACGAGCCGUACCUGGCUGUGUUUGGCCACUACCCUGAUGAUGUUGAUGGUACCACCUACAACUUUGACCGCUGCACGUUUUCUGGGAAUGAGUCCAAGCCCUUGUGUGUGGAGCUGGAUGGCAACAACCAACCCCGCUUCCCCGAGUGGAUUACCAUUCCCCUGGUCUGCAUUUACAUGCUCUCAACCAACAUCCUCCUUGUGAACCUGCUUGUGGCCAUGUUUGGUUACACUGUUGGAUCAGUUCAAGAGAACAACGACCAGGUAUGGAAGUUCCAGCGUUACUUCUUGGUCCAAGAAUACUGCAGUCGCUUGACUAUCCCCUUCCCUUUCGUCAUCUUUGCCUACAUAUACAUGGUGAUGAGGAAGUGUUUCAAAAUCUGCUGUAAGAAUGAAAGUAAAGAGCCAUCUAUUUGCUGCUCAAAAAACGAGGACAAUGAAAUUCUGGCAUGGGAAGCUGUCAUGAAGGAAAAUUACCUUGUCAAAAUCAAUACCAAAGCAAAUGAUUCAUCAGAAGAGAUGCUGCAUCGAUUUAGACAACUGGAUGCAAAGCUCUCUGAUUUGAAAGGUCUUCUGAAAGAGAUUGCCAGCAAAAUCAAAUGA